CAUUGUUUUUCCAAACAGCCAUGGCGGUUUGAAAUUCUAUGGAUACCUUGGAGGUCUUGGAACCGACCUACCUUUAUGAUUGUCCGGUGAUGAUCAAGAAUCUUUGGACACAUAAAUUGGAGAUUCCUCUCCUGCAAGAAUUGUUCAAUAUCCACAUCUAUAUCCAUUAAAAAUUCCAGCGAUCAAGGAUUCUAAAUCGGUCACAAGAUCCAAUCCAGCGUCCAACUCUUAAUCCGGGGGACAGCACGUAAUAAACAGGCGGAAGAAGGGAGAGGGCAUUUGCGGCUCGUCAUGGAUAGGACGCUGGUGUUCGUGUACGGGACGCUGAAGCGGGACUUCCCCAACCACGGCCUCAUCGAGGAUCUCAUCCGGAGCGGCGACGCCUCCUUCGUCGCCGCCGGUCGCACCGCCUCCAGCCUCCCCCUCGUCGUUGGGCCCUGGGGCAUCCCCUUCCUCCUCCCCAUCCCCGGCUCCGGCCGACGCGUCUCCGGCGAGCUCUUCGCCGUCUCCGCCCGCGGCCUCGCCCGCAUCGACGACCUCGAGGGCACUCGCCGCGGCCACUACGAGCGCCUCCCCAUCGCCGUCGUCCCCAACUCUGGCGGCGGACGAGACGAGGAGGAGGCGGCGGCGGAGGCGGCCGAGGCCGAGGCGUACUACGCGCACCGGAGCUACGCGGCGGAGAUGCGGAGGCGGAGCGGGGAGAAGGGGCUCCGCGUGUAUUCGGAGGAGGAUGCGCUGGGAUACUGUAGGCCUAAGGACCGCCCGCGGGGCACCACAUUCCUCGGACAGAUUCAGAUCUUUCUCGCGUCCACCAAUCAGUAAGGUUUAAUUUGUAUUUUAAAAAUUGGUAAGGAUUAAUUUGGUUGCAGAAAUUUACGUUGGUAAAUACAUUUUUAUGUUGUUUUCUCCAAAAGCGCGGACGCUUCUCGAGUGAAAAAUGUCCGCAUACAUUUUUUUCUA